AUGGCAGCUGGAAAUCGCGGGUCUCGAUUGGGAGUGCUUGAUCAACGAUCUCUUCGCUUUUCGUGCUUGCUUCAAGCGAGACUAUGCCGAAUAUUUGGCGAUAAACAGGCAGCUCGCUUGCUUUUGAGCGAAUGUGUUCAACAAGCUCAGAAUCACGAUGUGGUUUGUCUGAGGAUGGCAAUGGUGGAGCUAGCCGCACUAGAAGCGAUGCCGCCCAGUAAUGUCGACCUCAAGGCUCCCUCUGAAGAAAAGUCAACAGAAACUCUUCUCACCACUGAUGAACUACUGCGAAUGAUCCAUCGAGCAGCGCGCACGGAAACGAGAAUCGAGGGUGACGAUCAUCGUGAUGCCGCAGCCAGUACCGACGAGUAUGAAUACCUAUUUGAACAGCUGAUUUCCUUGGCCCAUCUGAUGACAGCCAUAACAGAAGCUCGGCGUUGUAAAUCGCUCAGAGUAGUAGAGGAAGGUUUGGAGCGAGCGAUGAGAUGCGUAUCAGGUCCAGACUCAGGAGCUCGAGCUCGACUGAUCAGCGACGCCGCAGUGGCGACGACGUGCAGCGUCCGUCUGCGGCACGGUCUUGCCUUGGCCACCCAGUCCCUUGCUACUUCACUUGUCGAGACGAAUUACGCCGAUGGGUGUGCACCUAGGCAUGAGACGGAAGCACAUGCCAUAGCUGGAGUGAAUUUGGUGUAUGCUGCGGCAAUGAUGGGCGAGUGGGAUCGAGUUACAGUAAUGCUGGGACGAUUGAAGCUAUAUUACACUCCGGAGUUGAAUUGGCAGGCUGCGCAGUAUGUGAACCUUUGCGACAGGAUAAUCCUGUUCGACACAACGAUUUUGCGUGGGCAGUGGGAUAAAUGCGUCCCAGUGUUGGAGGAUAUUGAAACCUUGGAUGCAGCUGAAGCAUUGUUACGGAGGGCUAUACUUCUGGCGGCACAAAAUGAGCUGUGUGCUGCACGGAAUCUUCUGGAAUCAGUCUACACCAAAUACGAGGCGCCAAGCACGAUUUUUAUUCAUAUGAGACUUCGACUACAGUUGGCUAUGCUUUUGAGCGCCGAAUGCCGAUGGAGUGCAGCUAUUGAAAUGCUUCAAGGCGUACGAGAGGAAGCCGUUGGAGUUGAGCAACGAAACAUCGGUGCGAUGGCUAUGCGAAGAAUUGGUGUGAUGAUGAGUGGAGACUAUGAACUGGCGAUGAAAAGCUUGACGGAAUGCCGAAAAGACAUCAUACGCACCUGCUCGAUUCUGGAGAAUGCCAUUUUAUCCAUCGCACUUGCUGAAGCUCACUCGCAUACGGGCGACAGUAACGAGCAAUUGCGAUACCUGAACAAGGCUCGUGCGCAAUGUCGUCAGGCAGGAGCGGUUUUAUUCGAGAAGUUUGUGGUGCAAGAAAUCGCUCUUUACUAUCACGAGUUAUGCUUGUUUCUCAACCAGUAG